UGCAGCGACUGUACUAUCGGUGAGCGAACGGCUCUCAUCUAACUCGCGCAGCAGGCGUUGGUAUACAUUCCUGCUUUAUGCGGGGAUCGGGCGAAGAGUUUUUUUUUGCUCCACGUUUGUUUGUCUAGCACAAGACUAUAGUGAGAUAGUUCGACCGAACUACGGGACGUGUAAUGACACAGCGAAGCAGCCUCACUGUUUGUGUGAAACUCGUUCGCGUCUGUGGCAAUUUCGGCUGCGGAGGCGCGUGUCUGUACACUGUACACUAGAUGCGAUUUUCGAAAAAUUAGCAUCUCUACCUUGUGAGAUUUCAGUGAAGCCUUUGAAUCGCUUGCUAUGUGAAGAUAGGAUUUACUCAGCUCAGACACUUAAGAAAAAGCUUAAAACGAAGCGAAACUCGAAAGCAAAAAUAAAUCCUCUACGAAAUAUACUUGGUAGAGAGGUGAAGCUGAUGAUUUGCGAAGUAACCCUGUAUGUAACAGAGCGAAAAAUAGCGUAACGAACCGCAGGAAUGGCUAUAUGAGAUAGGAGCUAACGAUCAUCGGAAAAUUUUAGAAGCUCAUCUAUUGUUUCAUCACAGUUGUCACUGUCGAGUUGGAAAAAACUAAGUUGUUUUGGAAUACUUGGUUGAUUUCGUGAUCCCAAGUUAUAACCGAAUGUGACUGCCCACUGCUGGAACAACGACAGGUUACAUAAAAGAUAGCGGCAUCAUCGGGGGAAUUUCGGCGACAUGAAUUUAGUGCUUGCAGUCGUCAGGUCUGACUCCGGUUUCGACCCGUGCGCGUCCAAAUUGACAAAGCGCAUUGGUUCGACCGACCCAAUCUGCCGAUUAACUGUGUUCGUUGCCAUUGCGCAAACCCGAAUCGGCUCAGUGGGAACGCAACCCGGGCGACAACACGUCAUUCUUUACCGAAGAAGCAAGUAGAUGCGACACACGUCGACGCUGCUGAACGGCGUGCUUCAACCUCUUCCGUUUCAAUCGUUCGCGACAAAUUGCUCGAUAUCGGAAGUGAUGUUCUCCCAGGAAACGCUUUCAGCCGAUCUCUACGUUAUACUAUGCGCUUCGCUGGCGACAGUAGCCUUCAGUAUAAACUUCGUGCAAACCCUGGUUAUCGUUUUCCUGUCACGAUGCUGGCAGUCACUAUACCUUCUCAACGGCUGUGUUUGCGGUAUGGUGACGGCGUGUGCGUUGAUGUACCACGCCAUUGCGGAAAACUCGCCGGAGGUCAGGCCAGACCAUUUAGCCAAGGGUGGCUCCCAUGCGAUGCGGGAGGCGUGCAACAUGGUGUCAGCCAUGUUUACAAUUAUUAUGUUAGUUGGAUACACAGCCAACUUAACUGCGAUCGUAGCCCAUAAAUUCCUCGCAUCGGUAAUGCCCGGAGUUUUAAAUUCCGUCAGCCGUAAUAGACGGCUCAGCCUUCUGCUCUCUACGAUUUCUACAACCCAGGUAGCAGUCUUAUGCGUUUCACUCAUCCAACCAUGGUCAUCAAAUUCACACACGCGGAUUUGUCUACCGCCGUAUCAAUGGGGAGAGACGUUCUCCAGAAUGGUGGCUGGAACUUACUGUGCGCAAAUGCUUAUCUGCGCUCUUCUGCUCUUCGAACUGACGAUGAAUUCGAAACGUGAAGGCGAUGGAAAAACUGUAGCGAGCCUCGAUGUACAGGUUCUAUGGUUGAAAUACAUCCUGUUAGCGUUAAGUACAGUUCCCUUUGCUGCGCUGACCAUUUAUCACUCGAUGGCCAUGCAAAGAAAUCUUUGUUUCGUCGUUAAGGACUCAAUUCAGGUGUGGACUCUUGUCUCAACUGUGCUGCUGGCCUCAGCCCUGCCUGCCGUUCACGUGCUUUCCGAUCAGGUCAUCUGUCGAGGGACACUGUAUCUUCUCCAACGGUUACUUUGUCUCAGCCGAAAUGAGCACGCACUUGAUGGCGCCCUUAUUCCUCCAGUAUUGCCUGAUGAGCCUUAUCUUGGAAUAGGCCAUGGUAGCCGGGAAUGUUCUCGACGACUUGACUUACUGCCAAACAGAGAGCAGUUCAUUUUAUGUAUUAGUGGCCAAACAGCAGAUUCCCGAAGCCCAGUUUCUCAGGUUAGCGCCACUGGAAGUCAAAGUCAUUACGAUGCGCAGCACCAAAUCCAUCAACAACAGGCCGACGUGAUGUACUAGCUAGAGAAUGUCCAUCGCGCAUCAACAGUAUCUUAUCUUUACUUGAAUCCGUACAUUGGCCAAAUUCAGUAUGUCUGCUACUUGUUUUCGGUAGAUGUCUGCUAAGGCUAAUCAGUCAUUUAAUCCUAGAGCGGCUAAACAAUGAGAUUAAUUAAUAUAUGACUUCAGAGUUUCAACUCUAAGAGAUUCCAGAGUCAGGGUUCGAGGAAACUCCAGCGCCGAAGCUCACAACAACCCAGUGCCGGAAAGCAAAGUAACUUCAGAGGCGCGGCCCCAAAGAAAUCAGAGCCGCAAUCUGUCAGGAACCAUAGGCCGACAGCAGGCCAAAAGGAUACAUGACCAAGCUGGUUGGUUUACGACUAGCCUGAAACCAAUUAGGGUUAGUGACUUUAGAAUUUACAUGAUGCGGUUAGCUUAAAACCCAUUUAAUCAAAUCUGCGAGGACGAUUUUUGUUGUAAGAAGCAUUGGGUUAAUGCUUUACGGAUUGUAAUUCAGUGGGGCAUGAAAAUAGGGGCAUUUCUCUGUCAAUGAAAAACAGUAAAAAGUACCAAUAAGCUUAAGACAUGAGAGAUAAAUGAGCUAAGUUGCUGAAGUACAACGUUGGAAUUGUUGUACAUACACCGUACAAUUCCCUGCAAUUAAUCUUACGUUGCAUUAUAGACUGUCCAGAAAUAGGUUGUUAAGAGAAUCGAGAUAGAAUUAAACCCAUUAAUGUUCGAUAAUUUAGUAGGUGCUCAGAAACUCAAUGUACCUAGCCAAAGCUACAAGAACGAUACCACAAAUCUUGUGGAGGCUACAAAAGUAAGAACAAACGGAACAAAAUGUAUUGCAUUUUAGUCAUCACCAUCUAUAGCUUCUGUUUUAAACAUCAACCAGAAACACUGAACUUACGAGGUCGA